CAGGAGCUGGGUCCUCAGAAAGCCGUCAGUCAUCGUAUUAGAAUAGAAUCAAGACGAAAUUAACGUAACAAUGAAUGUCGAUAAUGAAGUCAAAAUGCUGGUAGAGGAGAUUCAGCGACUGGGCACUAAAGGUGCUGAUGGUCAAAUCAAAGUAGCAUUUGGGGUCCUAUUUCAAGACGACCGGUGUGCCAACAUCUUCGAGGCGUUGGUGGGCACCUUGAGGGCGGCCAAGAAGAGAAAGUUGAUCAAUUUCGAGGGCGAGUUGCUGCUGCAGGGCAUCCAUGAUAAGGUUGACAUCGUCCUGCUCGGAGAAUGAGGACAAAAUUGUUAUCAGACUGUCUUCUAGCGGCUUACUGAACCCUCUCAAAUACCCGAGCUUCUGCCCUCUACCGGCUUGUCACUGAGCUUCUGUUUUCAGUUCUCUUCCUUCAUGCGCAGGGCUCAGUAUUUGAGUUCAAACCGAUGAGAUCAAACAGCUGGCAUGUCUGCAUAUGCUUUAAUUUUACUCUACUUCGCCAAACUGUAUCACAAAGAGUAAUUUGAGAAUAUUUUAGGUUUUCAGAGACUGAAAAACCGCCACAUUCAUGGUUUCAGAUGACUGGGAAAAUAUGUGUUCAUCUCCUUCUCAGGCACUGCUGUUAUCAACCACGGGUCUGAAAUGUGAUUUUGAUUCACUUUUAAGAUUAAAGGGCCAAAUCAGGAAUGUAAUCUUACUUUUUUAUUUAUUUACAAAGUUACAAACCAAAUGGCUCUGUUGAUGGUGUUGGGAGGAGGGAGACAUGGAACAAGACACUUUGAUAGACUUCUUCAUAUAUUUUUAUUAGAGCACUAUGACCUUGACAUAUUGUUUGUAAUGGAUACUUUUUCAGAAAGCUGUAAAAAAAUUGACCUUAUCAGCCUCAAGUGGCAAUGGGAGUUAAGACAUCAGAACUUAUAAAGCAUAUCAUGUGUCUUCUUAUUUAAUCGAGUUGAUUAGGUCUAUCAGUAGAGCGUGUUUCCACCAACAGUGUCGCCAAAAAGCAGUUGGUUCAUUUAUUGUUUACAUGAGCCAUUUCUACUACCUCUUGUGGACUUUGUAAAAUGACCUUAUAAGACCAGUGCUCUUGGAAAUACAAGAACAAUUCCUUCAUGGAAACUACAGAGACAAGUGCAUUUCAAGACAGACUUUUCCACCUUUUUGUACUCGAUGCAAUCUACUAGUCGUAGUUUUUAUUCCAUCUUUUUACAUGUGGUCAAAAGUAAAGUUUUUCUGCUAAACAAGCUCUAAAACUUGCCUUUUGUAAGAAACAGUUGAUGAGCAAAUGGCGAAUGUAUUUCUUGUGCAAUCUUUAUUAGGGUAUAAUAAUUACAGGGUGAUUGGUGCCAGAUGCAAAAGAUGAAUAUUGUGAUGUUUCUCAGGACCAAAUCGACGGAACCAAAAUAUGUUUAAAUGUCCUGUUUCUGAAAUUAGUCUUAUUUGUGACAAGAUCUCUAGAGCAUUUAUAGUUUUAUUGUUUAUAUCUUUUUAUUUUACCAAUCUUUGUUCUGUACUGUCGGUCAAAUGUAAUACUUGCAGAUCAGGCGAGAUAAAUUUGCUUGGUUUCGACAAGCAUUCCCAGCUUUGUAUAAAGGUCCAUAUUGGUCAAAAUGAAAUUAAUAUAUCAUAUAAAUAGAUACAGACAAAAUAUGUAAUUAGACAUGAAUUUGUGAAACAAUCCUAUAUAUUUUUUUAAAACUCUGAUCAAUAUAAUAAAUCUGUUAUUCGUGAUUGUGUUUCUCCCCCCCCCCCCAAUAUUAUAUACAUAUUUUUUCUUUUUAAAAAGACUUCAAAAUGUACAUAUUUCAAAGUAACUAUUACAUAUUGGCUGUUCACGCAGUCAGACCAAAGAAACAGCCAAUCGCGUACCUGGCUCUGCGUCUUGUAUAAAUUCCCUUAAAGACUAACAAUCUCCACAUAUGUUGCCUGAUUGUAACACGUCAUAUGGCAUUCGUUGUGAUUACCUGCAUAAUAUCAAGAUUUAUAUCGUAACAACUCGACCUGUGACACCUCGCCUCCUCUGCAAGUUUUAUGAGAACCAUUUCACACUCACUGCUGUUGUAUCCACUGAGCAUAUUGUUGUUGUUGCUCAGGUGUUUGCUGUUUUGUUUCAGCUUGACUUGAAUGAUGUCUUUUUUUCUUCUGCACCCAAUAAUAGGACAUUGUGCUCUUCACAGCGUUGGUGGAUUAAAAAUGUGUUUAAAUCAGGACAACUGAAUGAAAAGAAUGUGUGUGCCGAUCAUGAAUGAAGCUGAAAUGUAGCCUUAAACACAAUUGAAAUCAUUAGAAUACAAAACAAUAGAGGCAAAGUAGAAGACUGAAAGGUCAUGGAAUUAUUGGAGAAAAGCAAGAGUUGGGAAGAAACAUGCUGCCUGCAUCACUGUCGUUUGUAAUUGUCCUGCUGAUGAUCAUAAAUGCACAUUACAGCACAAGUUAACACUGACCAUGGGAGACCGUUAUGAUCCGAGCAGUGCUAAUACCUCAAGCCAUUGAACUGUGAACUCGUGAUGUGUUCAUGUGCGUCAUUACUGUCUUUUUGUAUUGGCGAUAACACAUUCCGAAACGAAUAAAGGUUUCUGUUACUGCGGAAUAAACACACAAAUAAAAAUAUUUACACUUGAA